AUGUCUGGUCUACAAAAGUCAGCAAUGCAAGCUCGCAUAGCCAAGCUUCCGUACUUGCCAACUGUGGCACCUCCAUACGAUGAUGAACAGGACGUGGAAGAGCGUGAAGAGGCCAUGUCCACAAUUGCGUCGCUGCCAAAGAUGCUCCCACCCGGUCCGCGCUCUGUCGCGCCCAAGAGAGGUCUGCGCAGCGUCCAUGGCCCAGAUCUUUCGCAGUUUAGUCCAAUCUCUGCCUCUGGAUACUUUGUACAGGCAGUCAAUAUCAAAUUGGAGGCACGGGGAAUAGAUAUCAGAGCAUAUUAUUCCCCUCCAAUUGUUCCUGCAGGAAAAACAAUCGACGAGCCUACAACCGUCAUGGUGUGCCACCACGGUGCUGGGUACUCAGGCCUCAGCUUUGCUUGUUUUGCUAAAGAAGUGGUCAAAUUCUCGGGUGGCGAAUGUGGCGUGCUUGCGUUUGACGCAAGGAGACAUGGAAAGACGAUGCCACUUGAGGGACAGUCGGACGAGGAUCUCGACAUUGAUACGCUCACAAGGGACUUUAUUGCAUUAUUGAGCUCCCUCUUUCCGAAUCCACAGGAAGCUUCAACAUUUCUGUUGGUCGGUCACAGUAUGGGAGGCGCUGUAUGUGUCAAAGCGUGUCCUAUCCUUCAAGAGAGUGGCUACAAGGUUGGUGGUACCGCCGUCCUCGACGUCGUGGAAGGCUCCGCUCUCGAGGCAUUGCCCAUCAUGACGAGCUUACUUGACUCUCGGCCUGCUGGAUUCUCUUCAGUAGAGGAAGCAAUACAGUGGCACAUUACUUCUCAUACCAUUCGUAACGCCUUUUCUGCUCGUAUAUCUAUCCCCGCCAUCUUUGUCAAAUCAGAGGACGGCGAAUCGGACCACCCCUGGGUUUGGAGAACGCCUUUGAGAUCUACGGCUCCAUAUUGGACCAGCUGGUUCAAAUCACUUUCAUCCCGAUUUCUCGCUUGCCGAUCCGCACGACUCUUGGUCCUGGCCGGCACGGAUCGACUGGACAAGGAGCUCAUGAUUGGUCAAAUGCAAGGAAAAUUUCAGAUGGAGGUCAUUCCCGACGUAGGGCAUAUGUUACAUGAGGUAGCUAUGCACCAAUACACAUUUCUGUGUUCUGAAGAGUGGCCUAGGAUGAUCCAAGUCGCACUGCUGAGAUCCUGGUAG